UGCCGACUUGGGGUCGAAAGGCUCAUCCGGUGGAGGGAUGAUCUCAGGAACAGUUGUUAAUAAGAAGGGCGGGUCACCUCACGUCUCGAUCCGCCUCCCGACGCCGCCCUUGGGAUCGUUGCCCUCUUUUCUCGCUUUCCGAAUCGGUUGACGUUCUCCAACGGAAGGCCGAAAUCGAGAGCAAUGGUGGACUUGAGGCUUACGAGGGGCUUCAUCUUCUUCGAAUUGGAACCCUAGCAAUCUUGUUUUCGACCCAGAAGGUGAUGUUUUACUGGGGUUUUGGUUCUUUGCAUUAUCUCGGUGACAUUGGUGUGUUGGUGGCGUAAUAUAUGGAAUGGAUCUGUAGAUGUCUUCUGUGGGAUGCAUUCAUUGACUGCGGAGGAACUGGAAACCCACCCAUCGGGUAACAGGAAGAGGAGGAGGAGGAGGAGGAGGUGAUUGUAGAACUUAAUAAAUAAAAAGAAAGAAAAGGAAAAGGGAAAAAGAAGAGAUGGGAGAAGAUCUUCUCACCGCUCUAUCCAUUGAGAAUCAUCACCCCUCCACUCUCUUGUCGAUGGAGCCGUCUGGUGGUCUGUUGUCCUCUUUGUCCCAUGAUGAUUCUGAUUGUGAGCUCUCGAUCCAACGCCAUCAGAAUGUACUUUCUGGUGCUCCCGACAUUAAUCUUCCCCUUUCUGCAGAGCGAUCUCCUAUUCAGCAAUCUUGGAACUCAGACUCUAGUGACAUCUUUGAUGUUGGCCUUGGGUCGCAGAUUUUUGAUACAGAAACAACUAUCCACAUUCCCAAGGUCACUAGUGCCCGCAAGUGCACCAAGCGAGGGGACAAUAUCUGGGGUGCUUGGUUUUUCUUUAGCUUCUAUUUCAAGCCUGUGUUUUUGGAGAAAUCCAAGAGCAAGGUCACUUGGGAUGCCAAGGGGGUCAAUGGCUUUGAUAAAUCUGAUGUUCGUCAUGAUGUAUUCCUGGUGCAGCAUGACAUGGAGAACAUGUAUAUGUGGGCAUUCAAAGAGAGGCCAGAGAAUGCACUUGGGAAGAUGCAACUACGGAGCUAUAUGAAUGGGCAUUCCCGUCUCGGUGAACCUCAGUUCCCAUUUGGUGUUGAUAGGGGCUUUGUUCGAUCGCAUAGGAUGCAGCGCAAGCAUUAUCGGGGACUGUCAAACCCUCAAUGUGUCCAUGGAAUUGAGGUUGUUUCUUCACCCAAUUUGAUGGCUAUUUGUGAAGUGGACAGAAAGAAGUGGAUGGAACUCACAGGCAAAGAAUUUAAUUUCUCAAUCCCACCUGAGGCCAGUGAUUUUGAGGAAUGGAGGAAUUUGCAGACCAAUGAAUUCAAGCCUGAGAAACCUCUUCCUUUGUCAAAGAUCUCUUUGCUUCCCCAUCCUAAGAAGUUGCUGAAUGGAUCAAAUUUGAAUUUGUCUUCCCAGAUCAAUCAUUCUAAUUGUGAUGUUGUAGACCUUUCACCUGUUUGUCGUAAGCGCAGGACAGAUAUAUUCCCCCGUGUAAUGGAGGAGGAUGUGUGUUUUCCUACAAACUCACAUACUGAGAAGGGUCAGGAUAUGGAUAUGCACCUGAUUGAGCCUUCGUGGUUGAAUGAAUUUACUGGUGUGAUGAGGCUUGCUCAUGGCCCUGUAACUGCUGCAAAGACAAUAUAUGAAGACGACGAGGGAUAUUUGAUAAUGGUGAGUUUGUCAUUUGCUGAUCAACAAAGUGUGAAGCUUUCUUGGAGGAACAAUCUCAUGCAUGGUAUAUUGAAGAUAAUCUGUGUUAGUACAGCCAGAAUGCCAUAUAUAAAAAGGCUUGACAGGACUUUCAAACUGUCUGACCCUUCCCUGGAGCAUUGCCCUCCUGGGGAAUUUGUAAGGGAAAUAACAUUGCCAACACGUAUUCCUGAAGAUGCGAAGCUGGAAGCAUACUACGACGAGGCUAGUGCUUUGCUUGAGAUUAUGGUUCCAAAGCACCCAGUUGGACCUGAAGAACAUGAAGUCCAUGUUUCAUCUGCACUUGCAACAAGCUCCUUCUGGACCAUACAUAUGGUAGAGACAAGUGAGGCAGGCCUAUUUGGUUUUGGCAAUAGACCUACUGAUAUUAUUGAAUUGAAUGGCUUUGUAGUGCACAUUCUCAUGUUAUCUACUGACUGUUGUCAUUCUGUUUUGGGAUGUCAUUUUUUUUUGCAGUAUUACCUGCACCAUGAAACUAAUACUUCAUGUAGUAACAUACGGUGUCAUUUCCAUUAUAGUAAAAUGUUUAUUUCUAUGGAAUUCUAGAUUUAUAGUUAUUGUUUUGGUUUGCCAAAU